GCCGAAAACCAGUGUGUCGCAGACAAGUAUGCCAGACUCGGAUACAAUUGCAGGUGUGAGGUGCGCGAAGCCGGUGCCCUGUUGCCGAGCAAUUGCGACCUAUGUGAGCUGGCCAGACAGCAUGGCAAAAGCCCCCCGGCCGGCAUCGGCUGCGAGGAGCAAGAGAAGCCAAUUGGCCCUGAUUCUGGGGAAGAACCGGCAGGACCGAAGCCAGCUCGACAUGUCUGUCAUGCAGAGGGCACGAUUGUGGUAGAGAGGGAAAAGUGCAUAUGCAAA